CUCACUGAGAGGGUGAAGAACCUGAGAGCUGAACUGAAAAUGCUUAUCCUUUCUAAUUUAACAACCAUUGCUUUGUUGCUGAUUACUCACUGCGGAUUAAGGACCAGUGCUAAUCAUUUUGGCCCUUUCAAAGUCUGCCACUCCUGUAAGGAUCAACUCGGAAUAUAUCGGUCCCCAAGGUACCAUGAUGAUGCCAGCAGCACAUCAGUUUUGGCCCAAGGAGACCUCUGCGGUGCACCAUGCCACAAGCUGCUCAAUAAUGUCCUGAGAGGUCUCGAGCCAACAAUCUUUCAGUCUGACCAUGACAUCUAUAUACCAAACUGUGACACCCGUGGCUUUUACAGGAAAAAGCAGUGCCGGUCCUCUAAGGGAAUGCAGCGUGGACAUUGUUGGUGUGUAGAUGAGGUUGGUGCGCCCUUGCCUUUACAUGGCAGUGAAGAUGGUUCUUUACCAUGUGAUGGA